AGGCCCCGCUGAAAUCCCGGCCCAGAUCCCAGAAGCGCAAAAUUCAGGGGUGACGGAACGCUUAAAAGAAAAGUCUGAGAAACGUUUUGAGGUGAAACAUUUUGCGAAGAAACGAGUGAGCGGCAUUGUAACGGUAACACGGGGGCCACACUCAAGAUGGCGACGUGCUGAACGGAAGUCAUCCGAGGACACACUCAAGAUGGUGGCGCCACCACCGGAAAUAAUCGAGGCCACACUCAAGAUGGCGGCACACUCACAGGAAGUUAUCGAGGCCACACUCAAGAUGGCAGCGCCCUCACCGGAAGUCCUCCAAACCUACAAUCAAGAUGGCGUCACCCUCACCGGAAGUCAUCCGGGGACACACUCAAGAUGGCGACGCGCUGACCGGAAGUCAUCAAAGGCCACACUCAAGAUGGCGCCUCCCUCACCGGAAGUCUUCCAAGCCUACAUUCAAGAUGGCGCCGCCCUCACCGGAAGUCCUCCAAGCCUACAAACAAGAUGGCACCGCCCUCACCGGAAGUCCUCCGAGCCUACAAACAAGAUGGCGGCGCCCUCACCGGAAGUCCUCCGAGCCUACAAUCAAGAUGGCGCCGCCCUCACCGAAAGUCCUCCAAGCCUACAAUCAAGAUGGCGCCGCCCUCACCGGAAGUCCUCCAAGCCUACAAUCAAGAUAGCGCCGCCCUCACCGGAAGUCCUCCAAGCCUACAAACAAGAUGGCGCCGCCUUCACCGGAAGUCUUCCAAGCCUACAUUCAAGAUGGCGCCGCCCUCACCGGAAGUCCUCCAAGCCUACAAACAAGAUGGCACCGCCCUCACCGGAAGUCCUCCAAGCCUACAAACAAGAUGGCGCCACACUCACCGGAAGUCAUCCGAGGACACACUCAAGAUGGCGGCGCCCUCACCGGAAGUCCUCAAGCCUACAAUCAAGAUGGCGCCGGGUUUUGCAUCAUCGGGUUUUGCAGCCAAGAAAAACAAGGACAGAGAUGAGGGAAUCGUUCCCGCGCCGCGCGCCUCGCCCCGGCCCCGCCCCCCGGCUCGCCCCGGCCACGCCCCAGCUCGCGCCGGUCCACGCCCCGGCUCGCACCGGCCACGCCCCAGCUCGCGCAGGCCCCGCCCCGCAGCUCGUGCCGGUCCCGCCCCUGGCUCGCGCCGGCCCCGCCCCUGCCUCGCGCAGGCCCCGCCCCCGCCUCGCGCCGGUCCCGCCCCAGCUCGCGCCGGUCCCGCCCCAGCUCGCGCAGGCCCCGCCCUCAGCUCGCCGGUCCCGCCCCGCCUCGCGCCGAUCCCGCCCCGCCUCGCGCCGGUCCCGCCCCCGGCUCGCGCCGGCCACGCCCCAGCUCGCCCCGGCCCCGCCCCAGCUCGCGCCGUUCACGCCCCCAGCUCGCGCCAGUCCCGCCCCUGGCUCGCCCCGGCUCCGCCCCUGGCUCGCCCAGCUCCGCCCCAGCUCGCGCCGGUCCCGCCCCAGUUCGCCCCGGCCCCGCCCCCGGCUCGCGCAGGCCCCGCCCCCCGGCUCGCGCCGGCCACGCCCCAGGUCGCCCUGGCCCCGCCCCAGCUCGCGCAGGCCCCGCCCCCGGCUCACGCCGGUCCGCCCAGCUCGCGCGGUCCCGCCCCCGCCUCGCGCCGGCCACGCCCCCGGCUCGCGCAGGCCCCGCCCCAGCUCGCGCCGGUCCGCCCCCAGCUCGCGCCUGUCCCGCCCCCAGCUCGCCUCGCGCCGGUCCUGCCCCUGCCUCGCGCCGGCCACGCCCCCGGCUAGCGCAGGCCCCGCGCCCCGCCUCGCGCCGGUCCCGCCCCGGCUCGCGCCGGCCGCGCCCCGGCUCGCGCAGGACCCGCCCCGCCUCGCGCCGGUCCCGCCCCCAGCUCACGCAGGCCCCGCCCCCGGCUCGCCCCGGCCCCGCCCCAGCUCGCGCCGGUCCCGCCCCCGGCUCGCGCCGGCCACGCCCCUGGCUCGCGCCGGCCACGCCCCAGCUCGCCCCGGCCCCGCCCCCAGCUCGCGCCGGUCCCGCCCCAGCUCGCCCCGGCCCCGCCCCUGGCUCGCCCCGGCUCCGCCCCCAGCUCGCGACAGUCCCGCCCCCGGCUCGCACCGCCUCUGCCCGCACCCCUGA